AUAUAUCAUACACUCACUAUCAAGUAUUCAUACAGCAAUUCCCAGUGAAUCCAAAAAUUGCCGACCUUGAUCCAAGACCUUUGAUCUUUGGAAGCCUGUCCGAUGGCCUCCAGUCGUCAUGGCCCUCUCCCCUUUCAAACCCGUCCGCUUCCCUAGCUCCGGACUCGGCCUCCAAGCCCAAUACUGCCCCUUCGUUCGCCCGUCGACGCUCGACGAAAAGUCCUUUGCUUCUCGAUGGCACCCCAACGUCUUCGCCGUCCGGGAUAAAUACUCAGACAUACGCCCCGACGUCCUCACGUGGCGGGUGGUCUCCGCCACGAGCCACAAACUCGUCCCGAAAGCCGUGAUGCGCAACCGCCUGAAAAGAAGAUGGGCCAACGCCUUCGCGGACAGCAUGAGGAACAACGGCCUCCACACCACGGGCAAGCCUCUCUCGGGGUCCAAAGAUGCCAAAACCGCCCCGGCAAAGUUACAAGGGACGCUCGAGAUGCUCAUCUUCAGUGCAUCGGGAAUCGAUGCGUCCUACGACAAGCUCGUCAGUACCACGGAUGUUCUGGUCAAGACGUUGCUGCGUGGAGACGCCAAGUUCAGCCCUGAAUCGUGGCCGAAGCCUCAACCUGUUUACGGUGGACGGAAAGAUAGAGCUGAUUCGAGAUGGUCCAUUGUUGCGCCCUUGAAAUAACAUUUCAGAAGAAAGAACAAAAAAUAUGUUCAAGGCCAAACACAGAUAUACGGACCGAUCUACCGAGUACUGUACGGAAUACUGUAAGACUAGCAACUACCAAGUGAUACCCCUGUACAAUGAGAAUCUCAAAUUGAUACAAAAAUUCUACAAUUCUGCAAUUCAACGAGACUG